AUGGAGGCGACUCAACUACAGUUGUUAGCGGCGGAAGCCUUGGGCCGGAGCCGCAAGUUUCUACUACCGCUACUGCUACUCCUACUGCCUACAGGAGUUUUGCAAGGCUUGGAGUCUGAGGAGAAGCCCCGGACCCAACUAGAAAAGUGCCACUUCUUUGCUGGCGGACAAGUGUACCCUGGGGAGCCCUCUCGAGUAUCGGUCGCAGACCACUCCCUGCACCUCAGCAAAGCCAAGAUUUCCAAGCCAGCACCUUACUGGGAAGGCACAGCUGUGAUAAAUGGAGAAUUUAAGGAGCUCAAGUUAACUGAUUAUCGUGGGAAAUACCUGGUCUUUUUCUUUUACCCACUUGAUUUCACAUUUGUGUGUCCAACUGAAAUUAUCGCUUUUGGUGAUAGAAUUGAAGAAUUCAGAUCUAUAAAUACUGAAGUGGUAGCCUGCUCUGUUGACUCACAGUUUACCCAUUUGGCCUGGAUUAAUACCCCUCGAAGACAAGGAGGACUUGGGUCAAUCAAGAUUCCACUUCUUUCAGAUUUGACCCAUCAGAUCUCAAAGGACUAUGGUGUCUAUCUGGAGGACUCAGGCCAUGCUCUUAGAGGUCUCUUUAUUAUUGAUGACAAGGGAAUCCUCAGACAGAUUACUCUGAAUGACCUUCCUGUGGGUAGAUCAGUGGAUGAAACACUCCGUUUGGUUCAAGCAUUCCAGUACACCGACAAACAUGGUGAAGUCUGCCCUGCUGGCUGGAAACCUGGUAGUGAAACAAUAAUCCCAGAUCCAGCUGGAAAACUGAAGUAUUUCGACAAACUGAAUUGAAAAAAUACUUCAUCAGGGAACAGUGUUUGAACGUUACCAAUAAAGUUCAAUGUUUUGUUGCCA